AUGGGCCCGGCAGAACCCUUUUGUGGUCUGCUGAAGCUGCCCUCAGAACUCAUCGACGCCAUCUUCACUUUUCUGUCACCCCUCGAUCUUGCUGCCUUGUCGCUCACGUGUAGGAAGCUGAACGAGCAUGCCUCCACGGACCUGCACUGGCAACAGCGAGUCCUCGCCAAUCUGCCAGGGAACCGCAUCACUACGCCGUACCCAUGCGAAAGCUGGCGCGAACUGUAUGCUUCCCACGACCCGCACUGGUUCCUGACGAGGUACAGGAUAUGGUUCUGCGAUAGAGAGCUCACCGGACACAUGAUUGUUGUCCGGUAUGACGCUCGACGAGGCUGCAUUGAAGGGUAUCGCAUGGUCGUGAGUAGGGAGGCAGCCGGUGUCCAGACAUGGGUGGCAGACAGCGACGUCCACAUCCAUUUCUUCAAGCCGAUCGUCAACCUUCAUAUGGACAAGCCGGUACUUCAGCUGAAUGCUCGUCGAUACAAUGCUGCGAAGAAACAGGACGAGUCCGAAGCCACGCAAAGAGGGAGACAAGGCUGGCGGCGUGCAGAGUAUCCUAUGCAACUGAACACCAGGUCAGACCCACGGCACAGCAACAUCCUGCUCGCGAAGCGUCUCGAGGAGCACGACUACGAUCACAUAUUGGAGAACGCGUUCCCCUAUGGCAAUGUGUGGCCCCCGCCCAAUAUUCCCGCGACGGACCGGGUCAUUGGUAAACCGGCAGGCCUGCAUCGGCUUCCCUCGCCUGACAGUGAAGCCGAAGAGCCGUUUUGGCGGGUGGAAAGCCGAGACGACAUGUCAGAAACGACUUUCAGGAUACGGCACUACUUGGAUCUCGGCACACCGUCCUUGGCGGUGGCCUUGGGCGAAGAAAUCUCUACCUACUCCACCCUGGACCCCGGCUUGUACACGCCGACUGCGGAGAAGCCCUGGCGGGGCAUCUGGGUCGGCGAUUACAGUGGGCACGGCUGCGAGUUCCUGCUCAUCAACCAGCCGGAAGUGCCCGGUGAAAGCGACGAGGCGCCCCUCGAAAGGGAGCCUGGUGAGACGGAGGAGGAAUUCCAGGCCCGAUUCCUGCGCGAGCGUGUGCACCGCGGUCGGCUCGAGGCGAUCAAGCUGACGGGCGACCCGAAUGUCCCCCGCGGCGAGUACACUUUCGUUGCCGAUGACCUCGGACCCCGUGGAUUUGUGGGAGUAGCGCAGGAGGAGCCGUUCCAGGGCGCGCGGAUCGUAAAGAGCCGAGGCCACAUCGCUGCGGAAGGUUUCUACCAUGAUAAGUACAUGGAGUCGCAGCUUAUCAUGGUCUCGCACAAUCGGCUAGCACAGUACUGGGUGGGAUUUGGUCACAUCAGCUUCUUCGAACGCGUGGACAUUGACCAGUUCCUGGUGCCACGGUAA